AUGAGAUUGCCUUUUAUAUUAAUUUUUAAAUUAUCGUUAAUUUUUUUUAUCAAAACAAGUGCAAUAGAAAAUUCAGAAAAUGACUUAAAUGUUGCUUCAACAUUCACAAAAGAUGAUAUAGAUUUACCAAUGCAAUCACUUAGAAUGAAAAGAGCUAUGUCUACAGAAUUAAAAUAUGAAUGGAAAUUUCCAAUUAAAUUUUAUAUUGCUGAUGACAUUAAUACAACAGCAGUACGUGUUGGAUUAAAGAGAUUUGAAAAAUAUACAUGUUUAAGAUUUAAAGAAGAGUGUUUUGAAUUGGGACGCCAUCAAGGUAUACGCUUUUUCCGUGGUAAAGGAUGUGCAUCAUCUCUUGGCAAAGUUUUUGAAAAUGAACCACAAGGUCUUAGUUUGGCAUAUACAUGUGACACACCUGGAACGGUUCAACAAACAAUGGGACAUGCUUUAGGUAUGUUAAGAGAACAAAGAAGAAUAGACAAUGAUAAGUAUGUUAGAAGAUUAUUAUGGAAUAUUAAUACAACGUAUCUGGGUAAAUUUAUGAAAAAAAAUGCUUCAGAUACAUAUGGAGUACCUUAUGAUAUUGGAUCAGGUAUGCAUUCAGGAAGAUAUGAUUAUAGUGUAAAUAAAAAAGAUACUAUACUUCCUUUGGACAAAAGUUUUAUUAAAACAAUUGGACAGAUAGAAUUUAGUUUUAAUGAUUAUAAACUUUUAAACAUUUAUUAUUGUAAUAAUCAAUGUCCAGUAAAAUUAAAAUGUCUUAAUUAUGGAUAUACAGAUCCAAAUAAUUGUAAUAUAUGUAGAUGUCCAACAUUUUAUGGUGGAAAAUAUUGUCACAAACGAAGAAUUUCUGAUGAAGGGUGUCCUCCUGCAGAAAUACAAUUAAAUCAAAGAGAAACAUCUUUUACCAUAAUAGGGAAAAAGACAUGUUUCUUUUAUAUAACAACAGAUGAAAAAAAAAAAAUUAGAGUAAAUUUAGGACCAUCAACAAAAAUGUAUGUAAAUCCAUUAAGUAAAGAUUGGUGUCCAGUCGGAAAAGGUCUUGAAAUUAGACAUAUUACUGAUAAAGGGUCAACAGGAGCAAUGUUUUGUGGUAAAAUGAAAGGUUCUGUAACAUUAUCAGAAGCAAAUUAUACAAAUAUUAAAUAUGUCGGAACAUCAGAUGAUGAUCGUUUACAUUUGAUAUUAUUAAGAGAACCAAACUAA